CUCCACUUCCUUCUUCUCAACACAAAAAGCCCGCUGCCAAACCCCGAUCUAAACAUCCUGCUGCUCUCCAAAACAUACGCCGUCCCUACGCCGUCCCUCCACCGGGAAAUCCACCUCUUCUACUUCUCUCUCCAGUUCUCUCUUGCCUCUAUCUCCUAUCCUUCAUCGUCACUUGCAUUUCUCGUCCCUCCUUCUCGCCUCUUGCUUCCUUCUCUGUCUCUCGUGAUACCCAUCUUCGCGUCGUCGCGUCGCCUCUGCCUCGGGUCGGGCCAGCCGCUGAUGCUCAAGCCAGCGGCUCAUUGACGUGCAGAGGUCUUAUUUCAUCAUCCAAGCUAGAACCGAAGAGGAUCUAGCUCUUUAACUUCUCGACCUAGUGUUCGUUAAGCUCCGUUGUGUUCAUUUCAACAAUCUCGUCUUCAUUCAUCUCGUCAAGAUGCCUCCAGGACGUCCUGCUCGCCAGCGCGUCAUUUCCAACGAGAAUGAUGAAAAUAGCAACUCUACGCGUAUGACGCGUGCAAAGGCCGCUGCUCUAGAGGUCGAUGUUACUUCCCAGCCUGCGAAGCAGGCUCUUCAGUCCAAGAAGUCCGCCGCGACUGCCAAUCCUACCGCCCAGCGAAAACGUGCCGCCCUAGGCGAUGUCAGCAAUGUCGGGAAGGGCGAGGUUGCCGAAGGCAAGAAGCCCCUAGGCGGAGGCAAGGGGGGCCUCGUCUCCAAAGCUGCACAGCCCACCGGUGUCCAGAAGAGCCAGGCCCGUGCCACAUCGACGCGAUCCGCGUUGGCUACCAAGGAGCCAAAGAAGACGGAAGUAAAGCGUGCCGGGUCCGGUUCCGGUGCCAUUGGCGCGUCCCACAAGCGGAAGGUCACUUCAGCUACCGUUAAGCAAGAUGUCCUCGCCGAGGAGGAGCCGGUCCGCAAGAAGGCCAAUACGCAGGAGGUUACAUCCAAGAAGGCGGAACGAUCAGAGCCCCAGUCCGGCAAGGGCGAGAGCGUCACCCAGAAGGCGUCCCCAGAAGAGAGCUACGGCCCAAAGAAGGAGGAGGAGCUCGUGCUCCCUCCCGGUGUAACAAACCUAGAGGAUGACGGCGCCGACGAUCCCUUGAUGGCUGCCGAAUAUGCCCACGAGAUCUUCGAGUACCUCCGUGACCUAGAGUGCAAGUCGAUUCCGAACCCUCAGUACAUGUCUCAUCAGGAUGAGCUGGAGUGGAAGACACGAGGCAUCUUGGUCGAUUGGUUGAUCGAAGUCCAUACGCGAUUCCAUCUUCUCCCGGAAACCCUAUUUCUGGCCGUCAACAUCAUCGAUCGCUUCCUGUCUCAGAAGGUGGUGCAGCUCGACCGUGUCCAGCUGGUCGGCAUCACUGCCAUGUUCAUUGCGGCCAAGUAUGAAGAGGUGCUGUCGCCUCAUGUUAGCAACUAUCGGCAUGUUGCGGAUGACGGCUUCAGCGAGGCAGAGAUCCUUAGUGCGGAGCGUUUCAUCCUCGAUACGCUGAACUACGACCUGAGCUACCCGAAUCCGAUGAACUUCCUUCGUCGUAUUUCCAAGGCGGAUGAUUAUGAUAUCCAGUCUCGGACGAUUGGCAAGUUCCUGAUGGAGAUCAGCAUCGUUGACCAUCGGUUUAUGGCUUACCGUCCCAGCCACAUUGCCGCCGCGGCCAUGUACCUGGCUCGUCUGAUCCUCGACCGAGGCGAAUGGGACCCGACGAUCGCGUACUACGCUGGAUACACUGAGGAGGAGAUUGAGCCCGUAUUCGAGCUCAUGGUUGACUAUCUGGCUCGUCCCAUCGUCCACGAAGCCUUCUACAAGAAGUACGCCAGCAAGCGAUUUAUGAAAGCAUCUCUCCUCACGCGCCAGUGGGCCAAGAAGAACGCCCCCAUCUUCGGCAUUACGGAUACCAAGUUGCCCGUAGAUGAGGUCUCGGACUAAUAUCGCCCGCCAUACUUAACCCUACACUGGCAAUAACCCAUGAUGACCUCUUCACAUUUGGGUGUCUUCAGUGUCAGGAUACUCGAGGCCUCAUUUGGAUGACGGCCUUACGAAUAACAACUUGUGUGACGCAUUCGGCCUAUGAAUUUCACUCUCGAUCCCGAAUCCCGGUCGCCUAGGUUAUUACCCGUCAUGUUUUGACUUGGGCAUCACCUUACCAUAUCCCGUAUCUUGGGGGAGACAGUUGGCUUGCCGGCGACGCAAGCAUCAUCUCGCCGUAUUACGAGCAUCCCCCUCCUUUUCCGUAGCCUGCGGCUACUUUGUCAUGCAUUUAUAUUGGCCCGGAUGUUCCCCAUGUCGCUAUGUGCUCGGCACGUGGCGUCAGUGAGUUGGUGUCAGGAGCCUCGGGUUUGAGGCGGGCGGGUGGCGUUGUCUGGAUUAUUUCACCCUCCAUGAAGCACGCUUGGCUUGU